CUGUUUCAUCUCAUAUAAGAGAAAGCAAAGCGUGACAUACCUAAAGAGAAUUUCCACACCCUUCACAUUUAGCACUAUUUUUAUUAUUAUUAUUAUUAUUAUCAUUUCUCGUACAGCCACACUCCUAUCCUAAUUCCUAAUUCCUAAUUCCUAAUUCCUAUUCCUAUCACACUCUUCCCUCCCAACACAAACAAUGCCUGGCAGUUUAGAACCGUUGGAUUUGGGGGUUCAGAUUCCCUACCACUUCAGGUGCCCAAUCUCGCUCGAACUCAUGCGAGACCCUGUCACGGCGUGCACCGGUCAGACCUACGACCGAGCCAGCAUCGAGUCAUGGGUCGCCACAGGCAACAGCACAUGUCCCGUCACGCGAGCCCCUCUCACCGAUUUCACUCUAAUCCCCAAUCACACCCUCCGUCGCCUUAUCCAAGAUUGGUGCGUCGCUAACCGCGCUUUCGGGGUUGAGCGAAUCCCCACUCCCAAACAGCCAGCUGACCCUGCCCUCGUUCGCUCCUUGCUUAACCAAGCCUCCUCUAAUUCCGCUCCCAAACAGCUCCGUCUAACCUCGAUUCGUCGACUCAGAGGACUCGUUCGUGACUCAGACAAGAAUCGCGCUCUCAUUGCCUCACUCAACGUUCCCCACUUCUUACUCCCUAUUGUUUUCAACAACCACGCUUCAGACGAGUUGGCUCACGAGUCGCUUGCUCUACUCGUCCUGUUCCCACUCGCUGAGUCCGAAUGCGCCUCCAUAGCUUCCGACUCGGAUAAGAUUAGCUUCCUAUCGCGUCUUCUCUCUCACCCUUCCGUCGAUGUCCGAGUCAACUCGGCGGCUCUGAUCGAGAUCGCCGUCGCCGGAACUCACUCGCCGGAGCUUCGCGCUCAGGUUAGCAAUGUCGACGAAAUCUACGACGGCGUCAUCGAUAUACUCAGGAACCCGAUCUCGUACCCGCGAGCUCUCAAGAUCGGGAUCAAGGCCUUGUUCGCGCUGUGCCUGGUGAAGCAGACGCGGCAGAAAGCGGUGGUGGCCGGAGCGCCGGGAAUCCUCGUCGACCGGCUUGCGGAUUUCGAGAAAUGCGAUGCGGAAAGGGCGCUGGCGACGGUGGAACUGCUGUGCCGGAUUCCGGCUGGUUGCACGGCGUUCGCCGAACACGCCCUGACGGUGCCGAUGCUGGUGAAGAUAAUACUGAAGAUAUCAGAUCGCGCGACGGAGUACGCCGCCGGAGCGCUGCUGUCGCUGUGCUCGGAAUCGGAACUGUGCCAGAGGGAAGCGGUGGCGGCGGGGGUGUUGACUCAGCUGCUGUUGUUGGUACAGAGUGAUUGCACGGAGAGAGCGAAGAGGAAGGCGCAGUUGUUGCUGAAGCUUCUUCGGGAUUCGUGGCCUCAAGAUUCCAUCGGAAAUUCUGACGGUUUUGGCAUGUGGGAAUCUUGUGAUUAUUGGGUGGAAAGAAAACAUUUGAUGCCAUUUGGUGAAGUACACGUUUCUGAUAGCUCCAUAGACGGAAGUGUUUUUGACUUCCAAGGAAUAUCAUUUUGA